CACAAAAGCUCAGGAAGUACAUAAGCUGUAGCCAUUUCCUGCUCUAUGUGUGUGUGCGCGCGUGCGCGUGUGUGUGAGAAAGAGCCGUGUGCCUAUGUGUGUCUGUGUGUGACACAAAUAGAUCCAGGCGGCAGCAGCAGCACCAGCAGCGACGGCGGCAGGAGGAGGAGAUCGCCGAGUGGUGGCAGCAGCGGCGCCUCAGCAUCUCUGCCUCCUUCGUUGCUUUGCUUGCUGCUGCAUCCCGCGCUGAGCCCAGCCGCAGAGGCCAGCAGCAUCUUCGCUGCCGCUGCCAGUGGUGAGUCUGAAAGCUCAGAACCAUGACGACUCACGUAACACUGGAGGAUGCUCUGUCCAAUGUGGAUCUCCUGGAGGAGCUGCCACUGCCUGAUCAGCAGCCAUGCAUCGAGCCACCUCCAUCAUCUAUCAUGUACCAGGCCAAUUUUGACACCAAUUUUGAAGACAGAAAUGCCUUUGUAACAGGCAUUGCCAGAUAUAUUGAACAAGCUACAGUGCACUCAAGCAUGAAUGAAAUGCUGGAGGAAGGACAUGAAUAUGCAGUGAUGCUUUACACCUGGAGGAGCUGUUCCAGGGCCAUUCCCCAGGUAAAAUGCAAUGAACAGCCAAAUCGGGUGGAGAUUUAUGAGAAGACUGUGGAAGUCUUGGAGCCAGAGGUCACAAAGCUCAUGAAGUUCAUGUAUUUUCAGCGUAAGGCGAUUGAACGAUUCUGUGGUGAAGUGAAACGUUUGUGCCAUGCAGAGAGAAGGAAAGACUUUGUUUCUGAAGCAUAUCUACUGACAUUGGGAAAAUUUAUCAACAUGUUUGCUGUCCUGGAUGAAUUGAAGAACAUGAAGUGCAGUGUCAAAAAUGACCACUCUGCCUACAAAAGAGCAGCCCAAUUUUUGAGGAAAAUGGCUGAUCCCCAGUCUAUUCAGGAAUCACAGAACCUUUCCAUGUUCCUAGCAAACCAUAAUAGGAUCACACAGUGCCUGCAUCAGCAGCUAGAAGUCAUCCCUGGUUAUGAGGAGCUGUUGGCUGAUAUUGUUAACAUCUGUGUGGAUUACUAUGAAAACAAGAUGUACUUGACACCCAGUGAGAAGCAUAUGCUCCUCAAGGUAAUGGGUUUUGGUCUCUAUCUGAUGGACGGAAAUGUCAGUAACAUUUACAAACUAGAUGCCAAGAAGAGAAUCAACCUCAGCAAAAUUGAUAAAUUCUUCAAGCAGCUGCAGGUGGUUCCUUUAUUCGGCGAUAUGCAGAUAGAGCUGGCCAGAUACAUUAAGACCAGUGCUCACUAUGAGGAGAACAAAUCCAAGUGGACUUGCACUCAGACAAGCAUCAGUCCCCAGUACAAUAUAUGUGAGCAGAUGGUGCAGAUCCGAGAUGACCAUAUCCGCUUUAUCUCUGAACUUGCUCGCUACAGCAACAGUGAGGUUGUGACUGGCUCAGGAUUGGACAGCCAGAAGUCCGAUGAAGAAUACAGGGAGCUUUUUGACCUGGCUUUACGGGGACUGCAACUUCUGUCCAAGUGGAGUGCACAUGUUAUGGAAGUGUAUUCCUGGAAGCUGGUCCAUCCCACUGAUAAGUUCUGUAACAAAGAUUGCCCAGGCACUGCUGAGGAAUAUGAAAGAGCCACACGGUACAAUUAUACAAGUGAGGAAAAGUUUGCAUUUGUGGAGGUGAUUGCCAUGAUAAAAGGUCUGCAGGUGCUCAUGGGCCGCAUGGAGAGUGUUUUCAACCAGGCCAUCAGAAACACAAUAUAUGCAGCUCUGCAGGAUUUUGCUCAGGUGACACUCAGAGAGCCAUUGCGGCAAGCUGUCCGGAAGAAGAAGAACGUCCUAAUCAGUGUCCUCCAGGCAAUUAGAAAGACAAUCUGUGACUGGGAGGGAGGGCGUGAGCCUCCAAAUGACCCCUGUCUGAGAGGGGAGAAGGAUCCAAAAGGCGGUUUUGAUAUCAAGGUCCCACGACGAGCUGUAGGGCCUUCUAGCACACAGCUUUACAUGGUGAGAACCAUGCUGGAAUCCCUCAUUGCUGACAAGAGUGGCUCAAAGAAGACUCUCAGGAGCAGCCUGGAUGGUCCAAUAGUGCUGGCCAUUGAAGAGUUCCAUAAACAGUCCUUCUUCUUCACUCAUCUUCUCAACAUUAGUGAAGCCCUCCAACAGUGUUGUGACCUUUCCCAGCUUUGGUUCCGAGAAUUUUUUCUGGAGUUGACCAUGGGCCGUCGAAUUCAGUUCCCCAUUGAGAUGUCUAUGCCUUGGAUUCUAACAGAUCACAUCCUGGAAACCAAAGAACCUUCUAUGAUGGAGUAUGUGCUCUAUCCAUUGGACCUCUACAACGAUAGUGCAUAUUAUGCUUUGACCAAGUUUAAAAAGCAGUUUCUCUAUGAUGAAAUUGAAGCAGAAGUCAACUUGUGUUUUGAUCAGUUUGUUUACAAACUGGCAGACCAAAUCUUUGCUUACUAUAAAGCAAUGGCAGGCAGUGUCUUAUUGGAUAAACGAUUCCGGGCUGAGUGUAAGAAUUAUGGAGUGAUUAUCCCCUACCCGCCAUCCAACCGCUAUGAAACACUACUCAAACAGAGACAUGUCCAGCUGCUGGGCAGAUCAAUUGACCUAAAUAGACUUAUCACCCAGCGUAUCUCAGCCGCGAUGUACAAAUCAUUAGACCAGGCUAUUAGCCGCUUUGAGAGCGAGGAUCUGACAUCCAUUGUGGAGCUGGAAUGGCUUUUGGAGAUAAACCGUCUGACACAUAGACUGCUGUGCAAGCACAUGACCUUGGACAGCUUUGAUGCCAUGUUCCGAGAGGCCAAUCACAACGUCUCAGCUCCUUAUGGUCGCAUCACCCUUCAUGUCUUCUGGGAGCUAAACUUUGACUUUUUACCUAAUUACUGCUACAAUGGGUCUACUAAUAGGUUUGUACGGACAGCAAUUCCAUUCACCCAAGAACCCCAGAGAGAUAAACCAGCCAAUGUUCAACCAUACUAUCUUUAUGGAUCUAAGCCACUCAACAUUGCCUAUAGUCACAUCUAUAGCUCCUACCGAAACUUUGUGGGGCCUCCUCAUUUCAAGACAGUCUGCCGGCUCCUAGGAUACCAAGGGAUUGCUGUAGUGAUGGAGGAACUGCUGAAGAUCGUCAAGAGCCUGUUGCAAGGGACCAUCCUUCAGUAUGUCAAAACCUUGAUAGAGGUGAUGCCGAAGAUCUGCCGCCUGCCAAGACAUGAGUACGGCUCUCCAGGAAUCCUGGAGUUUUUCCAUCACCAGCUGAAGGACAUCAUUGAGUACGCAGAGCUCAAGACUGAUGUAUUCCAGAGUCUGAGGGAAGUGGGUAAUGCCAUUCUUUUCUGCCUUCUCAUAGAGCAGGCCUUGUCCCAGGAAGAAGUGUGUGAUUUGCUGCAUGCUGCUCCCUUCCAAAAUAUUUUGCCCAGGGUCUACAUCAAAGAAGGAGAACGCUUGGAGGUACGCAUGAAGCGUCUCGAAGCCAAAUAUGCCCCACUUCACCUGGUUCCCUUAAUAGAGAGGCUGGGAACACCGCAGCAAAUAGCCAUAGCACGUGAAGGAGACUUGCUGACCAAGGAGAGGUUGUGCUGUGGCCUGUCCAUGUUUGAGGUUAUCCUGACUCGCAUUCGGAGCUACCUCCAGGACCCUAUCUGGCGUGGGCCUCCCCCAACCAAUGGCGUCAUGCAUGUUGAUGAGUGUGUUGAGUUCCAUCGGCUCUGGAGUGCCAUGCAGUUUGUGUACUGCAUUCCUGUAGGAACAAAUGAAUUCACCGCAGAGCAAUGUUUUGGAGAUGGUUUGAACUGGGCUGGCUGUUCAGUCAUUGUUCUCCUGGGGCAGCAGCGUCGCUUUGAUCUUUUUGACUUCUGCUACCAUCUGUUAAAGGUGCAGAGGCAGGAUGGGAAAGAUGAAAUCAUAAAGAAUGUGCCCCUUAAGAAAAUGGCUGACAGGAUCAGGAAGUACCAGAUUUUGAACAAUGAGAUUUUUGCCAUCCUGAACAAGUACAUGAAGUCAGUGGAAACAGACAGUUCUACUGUUGAGCAUGUGCGUUGCUUCCAGCCCCCCAUCCACCAGUCCUUGGCCACCACCUGCUAAAUAAUCUGUGCUGGAAAUGAAAUGUGAAUAUUCAUGUCUAUAUGUGAAGUCAGUGAUGAAGAAGCAGCUGGGCCCCAAUGGAGGCCUGGAAGGGAAAAGCUGAGAACACAGAUCUGUUAGCAACACAGACUUGGAUGGACCCAGAAUACAAGGAAAUAUUUUCCUAGAAGGCUUGUUUUGAAUGCAUGUUCUUCUAUAGUAUCUUUCUGGUUGGUUUUACCCAUAGCUUUGAAAAUGUGGUGAGAAAGAGCAAAAUGUGGUUUUUCUCCUGUGGUAUCAUCAACUUUCAUGAUGGCCCAGAACCACCCAAUCAAGCACAAACUCUAUGGUGUUUAAAAUAGUCGUUGUUUGGGGAUUAAAGCAGCAGAUGUUUCAAAGUGGUGCAAGUCUUCCACUUGAUGCACAGUGAGACUGAAGAACAUUCCUGCUUGGUAGAAAACAAUGGCAUAAGUGUUUAAAACACUCAGAAAUACCUGCAAUAGGUGAUGAGGAGCUGUGUGACUUACCCAAACAAAACCAGGUUCUAAAUAGAGUCUAAAUAGAGUUCCAUUGCCUGCCUAAAAUUAGAGGGGUUUUGUCAUUGCCUUGUCUCCUUCCGCCCUUCUAAAAUUAUUUAGGGCACAAUCCUCUACACACUUAUCUGGGACUAAGCCUAUUGAACUCUCUGAGGCUCACUUCUGAGUAGGCAUGCAUAGGACUACACCGCUAGCCUUGCUAAGUCAAUUUUAUGACGCAUCUUUAGUUAAGCAGUGGAGUACUGACAGCUAAGUCUUCUCAGAUGUUGUGUUGACUAAUAUUGUCGUGGUGGCCCCGCAAAAUUUAAAUAGGAUAAUACCUUCUCUUUGACCAAAUACUGUUAGCAAUAGUUUCACUUGAGCUUUUUAGCAUUUUAGACAGCCAGGAGAAGAGGCACCGAUUGUCAUGGCCCAGGCUCUUGAUGAAGUUAUCAGGUCAAGACACCAGUAAGUUCUUGUAGAAAUGUGAUUAAUGCAUUCUUUUGGAAUAUAUUCAAUAGAAGAAUGAGAUCAAGAAAUAAAUUUCCCUGUUCUGGGAAAAUAUAUGGCAUUUGUUAAUUAUUUCAGGAUAACAUAUCCAAACUUUAGUGAUGAAAUGGAAACAACACUAAAAUACAUCCAACAUGACUUUCGGGCUUUUUUUUUUUUUUUGUAAUAGGCAAUAGCUUUUAUUCCAUUAAUAUGUAUGGUUCCACAGAUGUAUAGAAUUCCAAUAGAAGUUAAAAAUCUCCCUGCAGAACAAACAGGUAAACAUUAGAAUAUAUUUGUGAACAAUUCACAGAAUUGUAGAUCUGUAUGGGACUCAACGGUCAUGUUUCUACAGCUCUCCACACCAAAGCAGACUUCCUAUCACCUGUGCACCCAAGAAUUCAGCCCACAUAGUUCAGAUAAGAGUGUACUAACCAUAAGAGGUAGAAAUAAGCAAGAGAUGUAUGUAGGAGGAGCAAGUUUGGAGAGACAUGAAGCCAUGCAACAUUGCUGCAGAGAAAUGGGACUAAUAAACUAGCCACCAGUCUCUCCAGUCUAAUGAGAAAGUUUAGACCAGUCACCCAGUUUAGAACGAAUCUACCGAGACAGAUACCAAAAUAUAAUCCUGUAUCAUAUCAUGAAAUAAAAAUGAAGAGCUUUAAAAUCUUGAAAGAAUUUCUGAGUCUGUUAGGACACCAUAAGGCAUCAGAGUAAAAUUCAGAGUAGAAGACGCCCAUUCCCUCUCUUCCUCUACCUAUCAUGACUAUUUAGGGAGAGGGAUUUUAGAACUGCAAUUCUUUAAUAUUUAGGUUGUUCUGAUUUAAUUUCCUACAAGGAAAACGCAGUGUUCUGUCUCCCUCCUGAUUUGCUCUACAGAUUACAAAAUUAAGCAUUAAGGAAGUAUUUCAAACACAACCAUCAUUCCUUUUAGAUGCUAAAGACAAAGGGCACACAAUACACCAUGAAGUUCUCCUGUGUAAUACCCAAUACAAUUAAUGGGCAUAGCAUAAGAGCAUGACCAUAUUCAUUUCGGUGAGACUUGCUCAGCAGAACUUCUUGGUAGGUUGUUAAAGCAACAUACGUUCGUGUUUUGUUGGUAUGUUAUCCUAAUUUUUACCCUGUCAGGCUCUGUCAGGACAGAACUUGAGACAUCCAGUAAUAAUUCCAUCUUGCUCCAGACAUUUAGUUCCUUAGUCUAACCUUGGUGAAGACAAAUCCACUUCUUUAAAUUUCAGAUGUUUUAAGUCUGUGUUUUUCCUCCUUCAUCUCACCAUAAAGCUGAUUUUAAUUACUGACGUUUGGUUCAUCAUGCCAGCACAGUAACAGAUGUUAAGAAGACAGAGACUUUGUACAUUUUUUUUUACCCUUGAGAGCACAUAAAGUAGAAACAUCUUAAUGUUCUGCGUUGAGUACAGGAAGAACAUUCAGUCUCGAGGAACAGCAGCAGGGAUAGAAUUAUAUGUGUGAGGUGUAUUUCUUUUGACAAAUGCCUUUGUUCCUUGAAAGACUUGCUUCUGUUUCCAAAGUUUCCUCCUCAGAUCUUGGUGAGCAUGUUUGCUGCAUUUCAAACUGCAAGAUGCUUCUUGUACAAUGUAAUGUGGAAUUAAGGCAAGGCUCAGAAAAGAUAUCUGAAGACUCUUAACUCAGGCAGGAACAAUGAACAAAGGGGUUUGGAGUCUAAAAGGAAAGAAUAAUCUCCUAACAUAUCCUAUCCAAAAUAUCUGUUGCAACAAUUCAAGUGCUUCAGGGCUUUUGGGGAGCAAGUAUUGUUAGUGUAGUUCAUUCUUUUUAUGCACCUUAGCAACCCUUGGCUUCAGAUUUGCAAAACUGAAUCAAACAUUAUAUAAGCAUCCCAGAGUUAGAUUCUGAGCCUAUCUGAUGAGGUAGACCAGUCCACUGCUCUUCAUUUCUUUUUAUUCUUACAGUGAAAUAAAUCAACAUUAAUGAACUAAAAUCAAAAAUUUUGGUGGUGGUUACUCAUCAGAGCAUGAUACCACAGGUGUAAACUUUCACUUCAUUUGGAAAAGCAAUUACAGUCCAGAACAAAUGCUAUUCAGAGGCGUAUGCUAUAGGAUAAGCUGCAAUAUGUUACAUUUUACAGCUGGCAUUCAAUAGAAGAAUCAACUAGAUGAUCAUAACUCUAAUAAUCAUUUUCAAUUCUAUGAAAUGUAUUUGUUGAGGUAUGCUCAUGCAUCACAUUUUCACAUUGUUAUUCACACAGUGGUUGCCAGUUACUCCCUAGUGAGAUCAGUGAUAUUUAGGGGGAAAUCCUAAAAGCUAUAUGUACAGAAGUGAGAAAGAAGACAGGGUUGACCUAGAAGUCAUUGAGUGUGGAGAAAACUCAGGGUAAGUUUAAAGUAUUUCUUAAAAGAGUUUUUAAAAUAUCUGUCCAACAUCAAUUCCCUUACCAAGAAUUUUUUGCUUGAGAUUUCUGUCCUUUGAAUUCCUUGCAAUGCAUCCCAGUGGCCUUCAUAGGAUACUGUCCAUGGGAUAGUUCUGGCCCCUCCAAGCUACAAGCUAUAUACUGAAGUUGUUAUCAAGGAGUUAACCGAGUGAACCAGGUUUCCCCCAUUCCAAAAAAUUGUAACAUCAAAGUCUGCUAUUCCCAAAGUAUGUGCCAAGAAACACCAUCCCCCAAGUACACUGUGUGCCACAAGAAACAAAUAAAUGUAAAAACUGAAGAUGCCUGCAUGAGUGUCCCACAGAGGAGGCUGUGAAUGCAUCUCUUUGGAAAUCUACUGUUCUGCCCUAGCCUUCUGGUCAGCAUCCACCGCAAGAGGAUAAUUCUGCCACAUCUCUGCAUUGAAUGUGUUUGGACCAUGAUGUCAGUCCCUACAGAGCAAUAACCUGCUUUCCAAGAUUUUCCAGAACAGUGAGUCAUGCAGAGGCACAGGGUGGAACUCCUCUGAGAAUAGAUAGUUCUUACUAUAAAAGCAUACAUUAUGGGAGUGUAAGAACCACGUGUACCUCCUAUUUGAUUUUUUAAAAAUAAAAACGGUGUUCCCCACCUAUCAGAAGUACAAAAUCUAGAUCAGUGAUCCAUCUCUUUUCCCUGUGAACGCAACAGCAUCGUGGAGAAGGCCAGCGGCUUAGACCCAAAGGCAUCCUGCACCAGCACAAAGGUGCUUGUACUCAUACAAGGUAACCUCCUUGAAUUCUGCUGAUUCUUCAGCCCUGAAUGUUCCAACCCAUGCAAUGCCAGACGAUCUUUCAGCAUUCAGGAGGAGCUUGGGAUGGGGAAACACAGGUUGCUGCACUGGAAAAUAGGAGCCAGGAGACACUGCAUGAACAGAAUUGUGUAACUUUUGACAGGUGGGCGGGGAUGCCCAUCUGUCAUUCCCCUGACAUCAGGUAAUUCACACUUCAAAGGAAAAAUUGGGAGCGCUCUGACCUCGCGAUUCUUCCUGCAUAGCUACAGCUUCAAUUGAAGCUAUAGCUGCAAAGGUUCCCAUGGAAAACAGGGCUUGCACUUGGCUGGGUGGCAAUCCCAGCAGGGCUUGCAUUUGGUGCCAAGUUUAAAAGGCACCGAAAGCAAGCCCUGCUAGAAGUGAAACAAUUUGGAGCACACUUUAAGAUUUCUAAUGGUUCCUUUGCAGCUAAGGCUUUGCCUGCUAUACACCCAACCUGGUUAUGGAGCAAGUGGGUAUAGGUGGGGGGAAAUGACCUUGCAGGCCAAAUUAGGACCCCUGGAAGACCAAAUUUGGCCCACAGGCCAGAGGUUCCCCAUCCCUGGGUUAGGUUAGGAGUCCUCACCCCAUCCCCACCAGUGUUUCUCCAUUCUUGAUUGCAGCCUCUGAGGCUGCUUUUAAGUAAAAAAUAAAAGCAAACAGCUGGUGGGGCAUAGGGGUGGGGAGAGACACAUGUGAUAGCAUGGCUUUAAAUAUUUCUGAUGGGAAAUAGGAAACCACAAAGCUGUGGAUUCCAAGAGAAGGCCUGGAUAAUCCAAGCCUUGUGAACAAAGAGUCCAGACUUCCUCAGCAACUUUAACAAACAGCUGUGGCUGUUUCUGGCUCAUAAAAAGUCUCGUAUCAGGUUGAUUUUUGUGAUUUUGACAAAGAAAGAACAAACCCUCAGCACUUCAGCCAUGUUUCCUUUCCCAACAGCACUUGUCAGAAAUGUCAGUGGUCAUAUUAAUUCCUAUGCUCUUCUGUAUUAUUCUGGUUUUAAUUGAUAUUUGUCUUUCAGAACAUGAGCAAGGUAUUUGUUUUUAAAAACAAAUGUUUAAAAAGAAAAAAACUUUGCAUAAUUCUUUCAAAUGUAUCAUAUUUGUAUGAAGACUUGUCCAGGACUUUUUUGUACAACGAAUUUACAUUUAUUUAUGGUGCGGUAUAUUUACAGUAGUGAUCAACUAUGGUGUUUGAAUUCCUGAAUCAUAUUUGCUAUGCAGUGGGAAAUGAUAUCCUGUUUUGUAUUUUCUUUUUGUUCAUCAUUGGUCAACAGAAGUUUUUCAUUUGCAUUCAAAAUGCUUAUGUAUUGAUAAGGCACCUUGUGUGUGGUGACAUGAUGACCUGUACUGCAACUUCCAACAUUAUGUACAGCAAAGCUGGGAUGAAUGCUGUUAACAAGGGAAAAAUAAAAGUUAAGUCAUAAAUGGUU